AUGAUGAAGAAAUGCGACCUGAUGAUGAUUGACAAGUUCGGACGUGUAGACAAUCUGGAGAAGAUGGAGACAAUAAGGAUCAAUCCGAAGAUUGAAGAAAUCACUGCACGAGUGCUUUCCCUGCAGGCACACAUCAAAGCCGCGGAAGAGAAAGCAGAGGAUGAACUGCGUGAAGCCAGGGACUGCUAUAUCGCCGAGAUGAGGGAAAACACCAAACUAAUCUCAAAAACUGUGCUGCUCUUCCAUGAACUACAGAACUUGCACGGCGUUCUUGACAAGCAACAGAAAAAUAUGGUAUACGACUUGCCGUUUUACCCUAUACAGCCUUUCUCUGCACGCUGCCAAACUCUUCCAGUGUUUCUCACCAAUGGUCAGCCAAACGGCGAUAAGCAGUUUAAGUGUGGCCAGAUUAUGCUUUGUCCUUGCAGAGAAUAGUUCCCGUGAUCAGGAUUUGUUAUGAAGCGGUUAUGGGACGGAGAGCAUGUCGCGGCAGCUAAAGUCACAAACAGACCGUAGUCACUACGACCUUCGGGCCCCGUCUCAAAUAGAACGAGAAGUUGGACGCCAGUUGGGAGGGAAUUACAUCCUGUACAGAAUAACUGCAGAACAGAUCCGGACAAGUUGGCAACCGCGCGUGAGCACUCAUCCGUUGCCACGAUAGCGUGCGUCCCGUAUGACAGUGUAGCGGCCGAAGACGUCGAGGUUAGCAUGAAAAUUCGACCGUCGUGUUCAACGAUGUCCACCAUGUACCCCACAGCAGGUGGUGGGAGCAGGGACGAUGACUUGCGCGGGGGUUUAUAGUGCCAGUAGAUUUGCGUUGCAUUUACCACACUCUCUCCUCCUCCCCCGCCUGAGCCCGGUGUCAAGACAGAGUCAAGAAGACCGGAGACGAGGGAGGCCGCAGGCGGAUGGCUUGGACGGAUCCGCACCUUGGCGAUCCACUCCACAUCCCCUGGUUCACACAACAAAUGAUCAGGAUUUUGACCGACAAAACAAUGGGGGGGGAGGGGUUGGCAGUGGUCCCAGUAUGUGCAACGAUUGCCGACAACAGGGUCUGCCAGCGCACUCCCUAGAUGUUGGCAUUUGUUAUUGCGCAAAGAUAACGCCUGCCAGAAUCCGGUGUGGCCCCCGUGUUGGUCCAGCGCAUCUAACACGUGGCCCGUUUGGGAGGCACCGAGGUUAGCACACGCACACGGUCAAAUAGACCACCUAGGUGAGCUUUCCGGCUAAGUAACACUGGAUAGAGUUGUUAGACGCCACAUCAGUCAAACAUAUAGGGAUGGAAUAAGAAAAGAGGUUUGUAGUAUAUGAAAUCUAUGUUACGAUAACAACUUGAUAGAGUGGAAGAAGUGGAAAAUAACGACUGCAAGAUAACAGCGAGGUGUUGUACAAAUGAUCCAUUUGGAGUGGGAGGUGGCCACUUCAUAUCAGUUAGACGCAAACGGAGAUUGCAGCGCUGUCGGUAACUGCGGAUAAGGGUCGGAGAGUGUGCUGACGAGAAGGGAAACGAGUGACGAACAGACGACAGGAGCGGGUCGAGCAGUCUCAGGGAUAGGAAGGGAGGGAACACUGGCCAUCUUCACUGGUAAACGAUCACACCAGACCCAUCCGGGAUCCGCGCCAAGGUGACCUCAGCUCGUUCAAACAACCAUGUCGGACUUGUGGUGCGUGGGGCAUGUGUCACAGCGCCGUGAGCCUGCCUGAGACGACCUUGAAGUUGACUGGCCGGUUUGGAUAACUGUGAUUGGCUGAGGACCAAACCGCCACUGGUACGCGCAUGCAAGUACACGCGAGAGGCGCAGCGUUGCAGCAGCCAACCGUAUUAGGCAACUACGAGCCACAAGCUAUCAAGCAUAAACUUGAUGAGUUUGAACCCACCAGAGUUUUUUUCGCCAAAAUCCAGCAGCAGCAGCAGCAUCAGCAGAAAUAAAAGCUAAACCAGGAAAACGCUAGCCACUGGGCGAAACGGGCCACAAUCUGUGUGCAGACUCAAUGUGCCUUCGAGUCCACUGUGGCAGUACAUGUUGCCUAUAAAAAUCCCAUUGACACAUUGCUUAUCCAUGCAUCAACAGCAGAAUUUUGUCCAAUGUGAAGGUUUGUGCUUAACACUUUUUCUCGCAUUUCAGGGAAAAGGACGUCCUGCCGGGCUUACGGAAAAAACAGAAAUAUCAAACAUGCUCAGAGUGGCGGCAUCACAGGCUGAAGAGUUAAACAACCUUACACUUGAAAUAAGCAAUCUUUCCCGAAAAGCCGGAAAUGAAGCAGCAGCCUUAAUCAAGCCUAACAAUGUCGCGAAGAAUUAG